CCAAGGAAAGUCCCCUUUCACAUGCUAAUUCUGGGUUAUAAAUACAGCAGAGGAGCAGCCGAGCAGCAAAGAGCCCGUGGGGGAACAACGGGAGCGACCCACUGCCCGAGUGCCUCCUUCCCUUCCCGACCCAUCCUCCCGGCGCGUGGGGCGGGCGGCCUGGAUUACAAUGACGGCCACAGCCACCCACAAGCUGGCCAGCACCAAGGAGGAGAGAAAGUUAAGGAAACCCCUCAUUGAGCGGAAGCGAAGGGAAAGGAUUAAUAACUGCUUGGACCAGCUGAAGGAGACCGUUGUGGGUGCGUUUCACCUGGAUCAGUCUAAACUGGAAAAAGCAGACAUCCUCGAAAUGACGGUGAAGCACCUCCAGAACAUCCAGAGCAACAAGCUGAUGGCCGACUCCAAAGUGGGUCUGGAAGCCCAGCAGAGGUACAGCACCGGGUACAUCCAGUGCAUGCACGAGGUGCACAACCUCCUCCUCACCUGCGAGUGGAUGGACAAGACCCUCGGGGCGCGCCUGCUAAACCACCUGCUGAAAUCCUUACCCAGGUCUGGAGAAGACACAUGCAAAGCGGCAUUGAGGUCUUCAAGCCCAUCUCAGCAGCCUCUCUUGACCCCCAAGAGCCCCCUGAGCCCGAAGGGGAGCACUCGGGGCACACACCCCUCACAGGAGCGCUUCUACCCAGCGGAGAACAAGCAGGCUUUGAAAAAUUCCUUCCAGCUGCCGUCGCUGGCAGUUUUCAGCCAGGUCGAUGCUGCGCCUCCCAGACAGGUCCUGCAGCCAAAUUUUUCCCAUAACAACCCUACAAUGGGGUCAUUAGAUAUGUGGAGACCGUGGUAA